UUCAUAUUAAUAUAAUUUUUUAAUCAUACUCUUGAUUAAAAAUGUAAUUUGCUUUACCAUGGAAAUGCAUUUGUGUCAUUAGAAAUGGACAAUAAUGUUGCACUAUAGUCAGAGAUAGAAUAUUACACAUUUGUACAUAAUUGAAUGCUAACAACCUAAACAUAGGCUAUUCACACCCUGGUACAGUAUAUGGUGGUCAGGUUACUCCUUUACACUGAUCCAAGUUUAGUUAGGUUUUUCUCUUCUGUAUUGGGAUACAAUGAGCCUCAUGUGUUCUCCAAGUACUGAAGACAAGAAAUGUAUAGCAAAUGUGAGGUUGAGUCUCUAAGGACUUGUUGUGGGGUUGGACCUGAAGCAUGAUAUUAACAUCCCUUAUACAUGUUGAGCCAUCAAAUAAGGCUCAGACAUAGAUGCCUCAGGUCAUCAUGGAUGCAAAGGAUUGGAUCGAAGCCUUAAUCCGAGGGCUGAUGUGCCUAGUAGGGAUCCUGGGGAACAACUGGCUGGGUCUUCGCUCUCUCCCUGGACCUAAGUCCCAUCUCCGCACCAACGAGCUCCUCUUCAUCAACCUGGCCGUCUCCAACCUCAUCACCAACUACCUGGUGGACCUCCCUGAUACCAUGGCUGACUUUGCUGGCCGCUGGUUCCUGGGGGAAGCCUACUGCGGUGUGUUCCGGUUCUGCUCGGACCUGUCGGAGACCAGCAGUAUCUUCUCUACCUUGUUUAUUAGUGUGUUCUGGUACCAGAAGCUGGUGGGCUCUCUGAAACGCGGAGGAGCUCCGGUCCAGCUGGACAGCCUCUGUCUCGUAGCCUGUCUCCUGGCUGGCAGCUGGACAGUGGCUGGGGUCUUCAGUGUUCCACACUUCUUCUUUGUCCAGGUGGACAGUGGGAAUGAGAGCCACAAGGACUGUAUAGAAGUAUUUCCCUCCCAAACUGCAAGGCAGACCUAUGAGACAUUGUAUCUGACCCUCGCAAACGCCCUCCCCAUCGCUGGUAUAGUGUUCUCCAGCAUCCAGAUUGUGAUCACUCUGCUAAGGAACCAGAUGCGUAUCAAGGGCCUGACUUCUGACCAUCACAAGGGGACAGAUAAUACUCUACCUAACCAGCGGGAGAAGAUGGACAUCUCAGAGAAAUAUGAUGAAACAGGCAUCAAGACUUCUGAUAAAGAGGCAGAUUUACCAAUAGUUGCUUCUCCAGAUUUCCCUCAGAGUUCUAGAAACCAGAGGAUUUCAGACAUCCGCCCCAACCUGCCUGGUGUCUCCUGCUCUGUCCUACCUUGUGCAGGACCCUCUGUUGUACACAGCUCAAUCAGUUCCCCCCUCUACCAGGUUGAGGUUGGUGAGAGCAGAGUCAGAGCUUCACCAGAUCUCCAGAGGACCUCCCAGCCUCCAGCUAAGCUCAGCCCAGGCACGCAGGUGAAGGCAGCCAAGAGCGUGGUGGCUGUGGCCACUGUGUUUGUGGUGUGCUGGGUGACCCACCUCUUACUGAGGAUAUCCAGCAACAUCCACAAGUCCUCCGUAGUGGUGGAGGUGGCCAGCUACAUCGCAUCCUCUUACACCUGCAUCAUACCUUACAUCUUCCUCUAUGGAGUAAAGAAACUGUCUUGCUCCUGCCGAAGGUAGAUAGACAUGGUUAUACACACAUUGCUAAUUUACUGGCAUCAACCCAGACCCACUGCUACGUAGAACUGCUGCUCUUUAGGACAUCUGUGUUGUCUGAAAAUAAAUUGAAAUUAGAUUGGCUAAUCACCAUGAUUUCAUUAGUGUAAUUAUACUACUGUAAACAGGCAGUAUAUCCACAUUUUUCUGGUCAUGGCGGGGCUGCUCUG